CGCCCGGUUCCCGCGCUUUGGAGCUGGGCAGGCGACGGCCGCGCGGCCGCUCCCGGGGCCAAAUGGCUGAGGGAAACGCAGGGAGCAACCAGAAGCUGAAUGAGGAAAUUGAAGCAAUGGCAGCUAUAUACGGCGAGGAAUGGUGUGUCAUUGAUGACUGUGCCAAAAUAUUCUGUAUUAGAAUUAGUGAUGAUAUCGAUAACCCCAAGUGGACAAUUUGCUUGCAGGUGAUGCUACCGAAUGAAUACCCAGCUACAGCUCCACCUAUCUAUCAAUUGAAUGCUCCUUGGCUUAAAGGGCAAGAACGUGUGGAUUUAUCAAAUAGCCUUGAGGAAAUAUAUAUGCAGAAUAUUGGUGAAAGUAUUCUUUACCUGUGGGUGGAGAAAAUAAGAGAUGUUCUAAUACAAAAAUCUCAGAUGACAGAUCCAGGCCCAGACGUAAAAAAGAAAACUGAAAAGGAAGAUGUUGAAUGUGAAGAUGAUCUCAUUUUAGCAUAUCAACCAGAAAAUCCAGUUAAAGCAUUGGACUUGGAUAUCAUUGCAAAUCGAACAGAAAUGGAAGAAUUACCUCCAAUUGAUCAUGGCGUUCCUAUUACAGACCGAAGAAGUACUUUUCAGGCACACUUGGCUCCAGUAGUUUGUCCCAAACAGGUGAAAAUGGUUCUUGCCAAAUUGUAUGAGAAUAAGAAAAUAGCUAGUGCAACCCACAACAUCUAUGCGUACCGAAUAUAUUGUGAGGAUAAACAGACCUUCUUACAGGACUGUGAGGAUGAUGGGGAAACAGCAGCUGGUGGGCGUCUUCUCCAUCUCAUGGAGAUUUUGAACGUGAGAAAUGUCAUGGUGGUAGUAUCACGCUGGUUUGGAGGGAUUCUGCUAGGACCAGAUCGCUUUAAACAUAUCAACAACUGUGCCAGAAACAUACUAGUGGAGAAGAACUACAUAAAUUCACCAGAGGAAUCAUCUAAGGCUUUGGGAAAGAACAAAAAAGUCAGAAAAGACAAGAAGAGGAGUGAACAUUAAUACCUGAAACUAUAUGAAAGGUUAAUUUGCCUAUAAUUACAUACAGAUUCCACAGUCAUCAAGGAAUAUAUAGAGAGAGGAUCCUGGACUGCUCAAGUCAGCCAAUUCAUUUUGGACACCAACAUUAUCUUUUCUUCUUUGGUUAUAUCAUCUGCCAAAAAUAGAGAACUUGUGAUAUAUUCAUGUGUGUUUCAGGCUGAUUGGGAAGAAUUAAUAUGAACUUAAUCACCACUCCAUCUAAUUUUAGGAAGGUAACAGUUGCCCAGGGCAGUACCUGAAUUAACUGUCCAUUUCAGUACAUGUCAAGUGCCUUUGUUAGGUGGGGAAGAAAUGUCUCUAGAGGAAUAUAAAUAUCUGAUUUCUUGUCAUUGGGAUUCUCAUUUGGUGAAUGAAUAUUGCCUUUUACUACUCUUUAUGGCUUGUUGGAAUAGGAGCUCAUUGAAGAUUGAUCUUGGAGAGUUUCUUCUUGUGGUUUUGGUUCAUAAGUAUGUCACCUCUCAUUUUAUAGUGUUCAUCAUUGAGUAAUGGAUUAAGUGAAAAUCCAGGAGUAUCCAUCUACAGUUACGUGCUGAAGUGAUAAUUCAUCUAACACAUUUGUUAGCAGCAUAAGUGUUAUGCCUCAGUUUCUGUUGCAAAUUGGUGAUUAUGAAAUUUCAAAAAGUGAUUUUCUAGUGUCUACCUUUUUUGUUUAAUUCUUGUAAUGUAAAGCAAUAAAUAUGGAGUGUCACUA